UUUACAAUGACUGGUCGCGGUAAAGGUGGUAAAGGUCUUGGUAAAGGUGGAGCGAAGCGUCAUCGGAAGGUCUUGCGAGACAAUAUCCAGGGAAUCACUAAGCCUGCUAUUCGUCGUCUUGCUCGUCGUGGCGGAGUAAAGCGCAUUUCAGGAUUAAUCUACGAGGAGACUCGUGGUGUCCUAAAAGUCUUCCUAGAGAACGUCAUCAGGGACGCAGUGACGUAUACGGAGCACGCCAAGAGGAAGACCGUUACGGCUAUGGACGUCGUGUAUGCAUUAAAGCGUCAGGGUCGUACCUUGUACGGCUUUGGCGGAUAA